UAUAAUCUAAAUGACUAUUCGCACGUCACGGGGACAUGGUUGUAGCGCGCGGUUGAAUAGAAAUCGGUGGAAAAAAUAUGGCCGCUUCCAUUAGCAGGGAUACUUCUUCUAGUAAUACUCAGUUUGUAUCAAGUUUUCGUAAAAAGGGACACGGAAAAUCGGUCCAGAUUCCUGGUACCCGUCCAUCUCUCCACAAUGGUCAACUUUUAUUAUCAACAGGAAUCCCUUCGCUUGACCAUAUUUUAGGUGGAGGACUUGCAGUUGGCAGUGUCCUUUUGGUCGAAGAGGAUGUGUACUCCAGCUUCGCUCGCCUGAUGUUGAAGUACUUCGUUGCAGAGGGUGUUGUGUGUGGUCACUAUUCAUUCCUAUCUAGUAUGGAUUGUAAUGUUCAAAGUUUACUUGCAGAAUUGCCAUUCCCAGUAGAAAAUACGUUAUCUACUGGAAAAACUGUCCCCCAACCUAUUAAUACUGUUUUGAAUCCACCCAGUAGUAGUGUGGCAAGCAAAACUGCGACCAUCCCAGAGAAACCUGAGAGAAGUUCCCUGGGGAAUAUGGAAAUUGCAUGGCGCUACCAAAAUUUACCUCAGUUAAAAACAGAAUUGUCAAUGUCGUCUCACGUAUUUGGUCACUUCUUUGACUUAACAAAGACAAUGCCAAUGGAAACAAUUAAUAAAGAUAAAUUAUGGUGUUACCAAUCACCAUCAUCACAAUUUGAUGGAUUAUUAGAAGAGAUAAAACGAGUAAUAGACAUUAGUGGUUGCAAUUUACAAGCAUCUUUCAAGCCUAUUUCUUCCCCAAAGAAUGUUUUGAGAAUAUCGUUAUUAUCUCUGGGAUCGCCACUGUGGGGCGAGUCGGGAACAACUGCUGAGGGAAAUGCUUCUAUGUGUCAGUUCCUUCAUUCCAUCAGAGCAACACUUAGGAAGAGUUUAGCAGUGUGUCUUGUAACCAUGCCAACACAUCUUUAUCAACCAAUGUACUCCAGAAGAAUAGAAAGACUGUGUGAUUAUGUUGUCAGAUUGCAGUCUUUCGCUGGGGAGGAUAAGUCGCCAGCAUUUAAAGAGUAUCAUGGCUUGUUUCAUGUUGUCCAAAUUCCUAGGAUAAACUGCUUGACCAACUAUGCACUAGAUACCGAAGACUUGGCAUUCAAACUGAAGCGAAAAAAUUUCUCAAUAGAAAAGAUACAUCUACCACCUGAUUUGUCUGAAAAUGUGAGCAGAUCACAGGGUGAACAUUUUAAAACUAUGAAAGGAUGCAGUUCAAGUAAUGUAUCUUCGCCAUUAGAUUUUUAAAGCUGAUCAUGGAUACGCAUCAUGCAAUGAAAGUUAACCAGUUUAUAAGGAAAAAUGUGAAUAAAAUUCUCAGUGACACUUUUGGACAAUUUAAUCAAAUAAGCAAAAAUUCUUAUUUGAUAUAACAAAUUAGGAAGAAAUAAAUAGCUUUUCCAGAUCAAUUUGUUAUGCUGGUAGCAACAUUUGUAAUGGAUUAUGAUUUUAUAGAUACAGCAUUGUAAAAUAUGGAGCUAGAAUCCAUUAUUUACUUGGCCUAAAAUGAAAUACAAAUAUAUUCCCAACA